AUGGACAACCAACCAGUGAUACUACCCAUAAGACUACAACCAUCAAAUCUUAGACCCAUAGCAUAUAGAAUCUUAUCUAAAAAACAUGGGUUAAAUAUCAAAUCAGAAGCAUUAAAAAUAUUAUCAGAUUAUAUUGGACCCAAAUUUGGUAAUGAAUGGAAGUCUGCCAAAUCACAAUAUUUCAUUGAAGAAAUUGCUAAAAUAUGGAAAGAACAAGAUAGAGGUUUAUUUAUUGAUGGUGAUGGUUUAAAUGAUGUUAUUAAAGAAAUUGAUUCAUUAAAUUCUUCAUUACCUAAAACUAGAAAUACAUUAGAAUCAGUACAGAAUAACAACAACCAAGGAGGUCAAGGACAAGGACAAGGGCAAGGACAAGUUUCAGUAGACUCCAUGAUUGCUGGUAGAAGAGAUACCGUUGUUGAUGAAGUCAUGGUUAGUGAAGAUGAAGAAGCAAUAAAUAAUAGAACUUCACCACCAACAAGUAUAUCACCCCAACCAAUUAGAAAUACAAUUGAUUGGAGAGAAUAUUUUAGAAUCAUUGAUGCCUUUCAACAACCAUUAUUUGAUUAUAAUCAUCAUAGGAAACAAUAUGAACCUUCUAAAACUAAAGAUUCAAGUUUCCAAUCAACUUCAAUAGAUGCAAAUAUUGGAUUAUUUCAAAAAAGGUUCCAUAUUGUUAAAGAUCGAUUAUUAAGAAAUGAAAAUUUCCAAUCAAAUUCAUUUAAUGCAUUUUCAUCAGUGGCAAACGAUCAAGAUGGUACAAACUCCAUAACACAAGUUAAAAAUCUUUUAGGUAGAAAUAAUCAAAGAUUUAUGCUUUUCGGUAUGUUAACUUUAAUGAAUGGUGAAUGGUAUUUACAAGAUAAUUCUGAUAAGAUUCAAUUAGAUAUAAAUCAAGCUGAUCCAAAUUUAGGCUCUUAUUAUGUCCCAGGUAAUAUGGUUUUAUGUGAUGGUAUUCAUUCAAAUGGUAAAUUUUAUUGUUCAUCAAUUGGUCAUCCACCUGGUGAAAGAAGAACUGAUACUUUAGAAGCUAUUGGUAAUUUAGAUUUCUUGGGGAUUCAUGCAAAUAUGAGAAUUGAUAGAGAAUUACAUACAAGAUUAAAAUUACUCGAAAGAGAAUUAGAUCAUAAAAUUAUUAUCUUGGGAGCAAAUUGUUAUCUUGAUGAUUUGAAAACUCUUGAUGCAUUAACAAAAUUAUUUACCAGAUUAUCUGAAGAUGAGAAUGAUUUACCAAUUUCAAUAAUUUUCAAUGGUUCUUUCACUUCAUCACCAAAACAUACAUCAGAAUAUAAAAAUUUAUUUGAUUCAUUAGCUUCUAUAUUGGAAAAAUUCCCCGUCAUAUCAGGUAGAAUAAAUUUAGUAUUUAUACCUGGAGAAAAUGAUUUAUGGCAAGCUCCAUUAUGGCCAAAACAUCCAAUUCCUAAACUAUUUGGUAAUAGAAUAACAAGAGUUGCAAGAAGUGUUAAUUGGUCAUCAAAUCCAACACGUAUGGUUUAUUUAUCACAAGAAAUUGUCAUUGCAAGAGAUGAUAUAGGUGGUAGAUUUAGAAGAAAUACAGUAUUAUUCCCACAAUUAUCUAAAGAUAGUGAUGAAGAAGAUGAAGAUGAAUAUGAUGAAAGAAGAACAGAAAUUGAAAAAUUAGAAUCAUUACCACCAAAAGUUUCAGAAGCUAGAAAAGUUGUUAAAACUGUACUUGAUCAAGGUCAUUUAUCACCUUUUACUAAGAAUUUAAAACCUGUUAUAUGGCAUUUAGAUCAUACAUUACAUUUAUCACCAUUACCCACAGUAUUAAUACUUACAGAUCCAACUUCACCUGCAUUUGAUGUUACAUAUAAUGGUUGUAAAUGUUUAAAUCCAGGGAUAUUAAUACAGAAAAGAAAAUUAAAUUAUAUUGAGUAUAAUUUAAACUCUAAAAGAUCAGAAAUUAAAGAAUUGCAUUUUUAA